GCUUGCUAAUGAAUGCAGCCAAGGUGAGAGGAGAAUAGCCUUUUUUAUGCGAAAAGGUGCCGACUGCCUGAGUAAAUGGGCGGGGGAAUCUGAACGACAGCUUCGGUUAUUAUUUGAUCAGGCCUACCAGAUGCGACCUUCAAUUAUCUUCUUCGAUGAGAUAGAUGGCCUUGCUCCUGUGCGGUCCAGUGAACAAGACCAAAUUCAUAGCUCUAUUGUGUCAACUCUUCUGGCCCUUAUGGAUGGCUUAGACAGCAGAGGAGAGAUUGUGGUCAUUGGAGCCACCAACAGGCUGGAUUCUAUAGAUCCUGCUUUACGAAGACCCGGCCGCUUUGAUCGAGAGUUCCUCUUCAGCUUGCCAGAUAAAGAGGUCAGAACUUAAACUCAACCUUAAUGCUCAUGUGACAAAGUCCCUCUUUAUAACAAAACCACGUAACAAUGCAGGAUUACAGAGCAGUUAAAGUCAAACCCAGUGUUGGACAACUUGGGCAAAAGAGAGACUGUGGAGGGCAGAUCCGGUACUGAAUAUAUACCAUUAAGAGGA